UCCUCGUUUCUCGCCAUUUCCCUUGCAACCAGUAACUUGCCAAGUCCCUUUUGCGACCCCGAAUCACCUUCCGUACAAUCCCCACCGCACAAUCCUCCUCCACUUGCAUUGCAACCACUUGUAGCCUCCCCUAUCGCAUUCAUCUCCUCGGUAGCCCGCAAUCAACUCUCCCCAAGUCAAUCUCCAGCAGCCCCUAUAUUGCGGCCACCCUAUCGCCAGCCUCCACUGCAAGCAAUUUGCGAUCCAAACUUCACCUUCCUAUCGCCGACCUCCACUGCAGUAAGUCGCAGCUUCCCAUUACUCCAGCAGCCUCUCCCCAAGUCAACAAUUCCAGCCCCUCUUACUGACCACAAUCUCCACUUGCAGCUUCAACCUACGACCACCCUAAACCUCACCCUACUGCCGCAAUUCCAGCAGCCUUCAUCACCCUAUAACCCCCAACCAUGCCGCAACUCCUGCAAGCAUAUCACCCAACUCGCCAUAGCCCACAACUCGCUCUCGGCCUCCAUCGCCACAACACACCCUCCCAUUUCGUCAAUCCAACCCCACACGCCACAUCCCGCAAAAAUCUCACACCAUCAAACGGUGGGGAACCAAGACAACGAAUUGACGAGCAUAUAUAAAUAG